AUGGUGGAUUGGGGUCUGGUGGUUGUAGCGGUGGUGUUGUUCGUGCUGUUGAUGUCGAGGUUGUUGUUCCAGCUACCGGGAAGGAACAGAAUAGUAGAGUUUGGGAACAUGCAAACAAGUGGUGUAUCCAUUCUGGUGCAUGCCAUCAUCUAUUUCGGUCUCAUCACCAUUUUCCUCAUCGCCAUCGGUGUUCACAUCUACACUGGUUAA